AUGAAUAAUGACUUAGAAGUAUUCAUUUCAUUCACUGAAAGAGAAGGAUUUGCUGAAAAUCAAAAACUUCAAAGUAGUUUAUACCCAUGUUCUGAAGAAGGAUUUUCAUUACUUGAAUUAUGUUGUUACCAUGGAGCAGUUGAUUGUUUCAAGUUCUUAAGAACUAAAUUUAACUCAGAAAUAACAAAAAGAUGUCUAACAUUUUCAUUUUUGGGAAGAAAUCAUGAGAUAAUGAGUGAAUGUUUGAAACAACAAAAACCAGAUCAAGAAUGCAUGAAAUAUGCAAUUAUUUCACAUAACAUUGAUUUUGUAACAUUCUUAGUGAAUGAGCACAUCAUAAGUAUCGACUUGCACGCUUGCGGAAAAUAUAAUAAUCUUGAUUCAUUUUUAGUUUUUUACGAUCAAACUAAUCUUUUAAUCAGCUGCUUGAUUUUUUCACCGAUGUUUAAUAUUCCAUCCCUAUGCGAAUAUUUCCUUUCAUUAGGUGUAGAUAUCAAUAAAAAUCUUUUAAAUGGAAAAACCGCUCUUCAUAUAGCAGCACGUUCUGAUAGUAAAGAAACAGCCGAACUUCUUAUUUCACAUGGUAUUAACAUCAAUGAAAAAAAUAAUGAUGGAGAAACCGCUCUUCAUAUAGCAGCACGUUCUGAUAGUAAAGAAACAGCCGAACUUCUUAUUUCACAUGGCAUUAAUAUUAAUGAAAAAAAUAAAAAAGGAGAAACUCCUCUUCAUUUUGCAGCAUUUAAUAAAAAUAAAAAACAGUUGAACUUCUUAUUUCACAUGGUGCAAAUAUCAAUGAAAAAUAUAAAGAUGGAACAAACGCUCUUCAUAAAGCAAUAUUUAGUAAUAAGAAAGAAACAGUCGAAUUUCUUAUUUCACAUGGUGCAAAUAUCAAUGAAAAAGAUAAAUAUGGACAAAUCGCUCUUCAUGAUGCAGCACAUCGUAAUAGUAAAAAACAGCCGAAUUUCUUAUUUCACACGGUAUUAA